AUGUUGCCGGUCCAAAGUCCUUUAUCAUACCGAGCAAAGUCCGUGCCUCGCGCCGCACGCACACGCUGGCAAUUACAGGAACAUAAAGUGAAGAUAUCCCAACCAUUACUGCAACAACCUUGUGGUCCAACGACCCAACAAUUUGAAUGUGCCAGGUGUGAACUGCGCGUGUGUACUCCCUCGGGCGCAGUGAGUGUUGCAGACACAAGGUACGCGGCUCGGCCGGCUGAUGUAAUCCAUACAGGCACUAGUAUUGUGACACAGACGUGUCGUGUCGGCGGGCGCGGCGCCACGCAGUCUGCGCGCGCGCAGUUCCACUCACGCGCGCGCCUGCAAUUAGUGCGACAGCGCACGCUGCCGGCGACACUCGGCGACAAGUGCAGCCGAGUGUCGCCUUGCUUGUUGCUAGGCCGCGUCACUGCACGUGGCCUCGCUGCAACGUACAUGCGACCUCCGCGGACGUUCGUCCUGUCGGGGACGCUCACGGAGUCACGGUCAAGGCUACCGUCACAAGCUCAUACACCUCUCCUGCUUCUGACUCACUUAGUUUAUCGGCCCACAUUAGAGAUGAGGAUCAAUACUGAGAAUACGCAAGGAAAGCUUGACACGGAGCUUAGGAAUCAACUUCAGCUGGUCGCGUGUUGCAAUGCAGGCGGCUCCGGCUCGUGCAGAGAGCGAGCUGACCCAAAUAUUGUAAUGCGUGCGUCCGCGCACUGCCGACGCCGGCGUGACGCGCCCGAUUUAUUAAUUAACUGCACAGAUGACUGCGAGAUGAGUUGCGCACACUCGCACAGUUACAACGACCUCACAUACUGGAGCGGAUCUUACGGGUAUGACGUAUUCAAUAAACAGAAACCUCUUGGACCGCGCGUGCUCAUCUCGGAGAUAGCACCCGGCAGCACGAGCGAGCACGCCUGCGUCACGUGCCAGCCUGGGAGCCUCCACACACUCGCAGCCACGUCGAGCCUGCUCUCUACUUACCAGAGCUUUGGCAGCUUUGCAUGUGUGCGGUGCAUUAAUGACAAGGUGACUCACGCACUACCGAGAACCAAAAUAAAAGAAUUGAAACUGAAUGGCUUUACAGCUUACUAUUGGAGCUCAUUCAAUGUUGGUCCGCUGCAACACUUCGAACAAUCACUUGCGAUUACGAACAAUACCCGAUAG